UGCAAGAAAUCUCUUAACCGAAGGAUAAUUAGUGAUCAAGCAAUAUAAGAAUCUGAUUUAUUUACUCGAAUGUGUCAGAGAGCAAAUUUCAUUGUUUGACAAGGAUAAUCUAUUGUUAAAACUGUCAUACAGUCAAUGGUCAAGCAUUGGUAUAUAGUGGCGUAUAGUGAGAUAUAUUGACCGAUAACGAAACUAGUAUAAAGUAGAGCUGUUUAUCCAUUUUUGUAGCGGUUGUGUACGGUUUAGAUUUAUGUUUACUUAACUAAAGGUGAUAAAUUUCCAUCUAUUUUAUCGUCAAUGGGAAGUAUUGACACAUGGGCGGCACUUACUUUCAUUAGAUAGUGGAUAUUCAUUUUGUUGUGUUUUCAAAUAAACUUUUGAAGGAAUCUGCGACAAAGACGAACACAAUUCAAGCUGGAUGCGUUUUUAGAAUAAAAUACAUGAUUAAGUGCAACUACCGACAGUGAUAUAUGGGAAGAGGACGACAGAAGAAUAGAAGAUAUCGUGUCGUUUAUCAAUGGACUGACAACCUACUUUGAUUGCCCCGGAAAAGUGCCUGAAGCAAGGUGGGGAGAUGUGCGAGGGAGUGUGAGCACCGGCCAUGGGAUUGGAGAGACUCUGGCUUCUGUGUGUCACCGCCGCUGUCGCCGCCGUCUGUCUUUUGCGAACCUCCGGCGCUGAUUCGCUGGUCCGUGCCCGCGUCGGGGGGGCAGCGGAGCUGGGUUGCAGCCUCACCCCAUCCUUGUCGGGCGCCCCUACCACCCCACGCCUCUUCCCCCUGCACGUGGUGGAGUGGGUGCGUCUGGGCUACAACGUCCCCAUCCUCAUCAAGUUUGGAGUAUACACCCCUCGCGUGCAUCCCAACUACAAGGGCCGGGUGUCUCUGACCCAGGGCGCCUCACUGCUGGUGGAGGGGCUGCGUCUGGAGGACGAGGGCUGGUUCGAGUGCCGCAUCCUGCUGCUGGACAAAACCACCGACGAGUUCCGCAACGGCACCUGGACCUUCCUCUCCAUCACCGCACCGCCUGUGUUUUUCAAAACUCCACCCCCCUUUGUGGAAGUCCUGCAAGGUGAUUCGCUGUCACUUACCUGUGGUGCCCAUGGCAACCCUCAACCAACUGUAACCUGGAAAAAAGAUGACAUGCCAAUUGAAAAACAAGACCAGGUCAAGGUGCACAAUGGAACCUUGACUUUAGUCUCGGUGACCAGGGAGAUGGCAGGAAUGUACAAAUGUCACGUCUCGAACUCGGAGGGGAACCUCACUCACUCCACACAGCUGCUGGUCAGAGGUCCUCCAAUCAUUAUCAUUCCCCCGGAGGACACCACGCUUAACAUGUCCCAUGAUGCCAUUCUUCAGUGCCAAGCAGAAUCCUAUCCCACCAACCUAACAUACGUAUGGUGGAAGCAAGGAGAGAAUGUCUACCACAUUGACUCUCUUAAGUCCCGUGUGAAAAUCCUAGUGGAUGGCAGCCUCCUUAUACCCAGCCUUGUCCCAGAGGAUUCUGGGAACUACACUUGCAUGCCCACCAAUGGGCUGCUGAAUCCACCCACUGCCUCUGCCUACCUCACUGUGAAGCACCCUGCUCAGGUGGUGAGAAUGCCCCGGGAGACCUACCUCCCUGUGGGCAUGGGGGGGGUCAUCGCCUGCCCGGUCAGAGCUGAGCCCCCUAUGCUUUUCGUUAACUGGACCAAAGAUGGAGACAAGCUGGACUUGGACAUGUUCCCCGGCUGGAUGGUGAACUCAGAGGGCUCUGUGUUCAUAGCCACGGCCAACGAUGAUGCGGUGGGGAUGUAUACCUGCACUGCCUAUAACAGCUAUGGGACGAUGGGCCAGUCAGAUCCCACCAAGGUGGUCCUUGAGGACCCGCCCUCGUUCCAGGUCUCACCCCGUGCAGAGUACCUACAGGAGGUGGGCCGAGAGCUGAUCAUCCCCUGCCAGGGUCAUGGAGACCCCUCCCCCAACAUCACCUGGAUCAAGGUCGGGCCCACGCCUCGCUCUCCGUACAUUGUGGCUGCCAAUGGCUCCCUUUUGCUGAGGCCGCUCAACAAGGACCACCAGGGAGCAUGGGAGUGCCGUGCCACCAACCGUGUGGCUACCGUCAGCACGGGCACCAUGGUCUUAGUGCUGGGCACCAGCCCCCAUGGUGUCUCCUCAGUGACCGUCGUUCCAGGGGUGAACCAGGCCAACGUAUCCUGGGAGCCAGGCUUUGAUGGGGGGUACACCCAGAAAUUCACUGUCUGGCUCAAACAGGCAUCCAGGGGGAAGCAUGAGUGGACUUCCCAGCCUGUGCCCACCUCCAAGUCCCACCUGCUGGUGACCGGACUGCUCCCGGGAACCAGCUACCAGUUCAGCGUCUUACCCCAGAACAAACUGGGCUCCGGCCCCUUCAGUGAAAUCACCACUAUUAGAACUCUGGUCCCUCCGACAGAUCCACCUCUGAGGAUAACAACGAUGCCUAAACUGGCCCCACCCAUAUCACUGUCAACCAAUCAGAGCUCAAGGGGGAUUAUCCUGAAAUGGGAACAUCCGCCAUCUCAAUCUCCACCCAUCACUAGCUUUGUCCUCCAGGCACGGCGUGAGAAAGGGGAUUGGUUAACUCUCAAUGGAGCCAUUAGUGCCAAUAAAAGUGAGAUACUGGUGGAAGGACUGCUGAAGGACUCUAGCUAUGAGCUGAGGUUGCUGUCUCGCAGGAACAAACUGCUGAGCGAGCCCAGUGAGUCGGUCAAUGUCUCCACCGCAGGUAUGGAGGUGUAUCCAGCCCGGACAGGCCUCUUGGAGUUUGUCCCUGAGCCGCUGUUGGCUGGUGUCAUUGGUGGAGUGUGCUUCCUAUUUGUGGCCAUCAUCCUCUCCUUGGUGACUGCUUGUGUCAUGAGUCACAGGAGAGACCGACGGCGCAGGAAGAGGAGGGAUGAUCUCCCCACUGCCCUGCAGAAGAGCCCAUCUUCAGAAGCUGGCUCGCCUACUGACAGCCCCGACAGUGUCCUGAAGAUGAAGCUGUGCCCUCCCCUCUCCUUCUUCCCCAACUCCUCAUCCUCCCAGUCAGACCGCUCCUCGUUCGACAAAGGCAGCCGCAGCGAGUACCAGGACCAGCGCCGUCAGCUGCUCUCCAGCUCCUCCCCCCCUCCCCGCUACACCCUCUUCGAGAGCCACCUGGGGGGCGGGCCCUCCCCCACCUCCGCUCUGGAGUCCAUCUCCCGAGGGCCUGAUGGACGGUUCAUUGUCCAGCCCUACGAGGAGGGCUCCACACCCAGCCACAUCAAGAAAAGCCUAAAGAAGGACUUUCCGCAGUGCUCAGGAGGUGGAGGCAGUGGCUCAGGGAGCAACAGGACUUCUUACCGGGAUUCUCCAAAAUCUGGCUCCCUGUGUUCAGAAAGGGCCGAGAAGCGAGACUCGCCCCCAGUCAUAGCAGUUGACCUGCCCGGCCCCAGCAAAGCGCUGCAUUCUCCCGGUCGGGUGAGGGCGAUGGCGAGAAACUUCUCCCGCCACGGUUGCUUCUACUCAGAUGACGAGCAGGGCUGCUCUGAGGCGCUACUGGAGCGGGCCAGCUUCUACUCUGACUGCAGUGAGAAAAGGGCCUAUGACUCCCUGAAGAGGUACCGCCCAUCUGUCCGACCGGAGGACGUGUUCCCCAGGUUUAGCAGGAAAGCCAGGGAGGCAGAGAGAGAGAGAGAUAACAUCCUGCCCUUAGAGAGGGAGAGACAGCUGACCAAUGCCAGCACCCUAGCAUCCCAGAUGGACUAUGAGCAAGAAAGCGACAGCCUGAGCAAGUGCCUGCAAUUGGCACGGGAGCGAGAGGAGAUGGAGAGGGAGCUGGAGAGGUACACUGCCAGCCAGAGGCUGCGUGGGCGGCAGCCAGAGAAAGCAGGAAGUGGGAAGGAGUGGGGAGCAGAGGCAGAGGAGGAGGAGCCAGUGUGGAAAUUGCAGGAUGUCACGCUGCGCCAGAAGGCUAAUAGAGCCAGUGGGCAGGCUCAGCGACAGUCUGACUACCGAAGGGGCUGCUACUUUGGGAACACAAGCAGCCCGAUGGGAAGGAUCUCCUCCUCCUCCUCAUCCUACAUCAACUGGGACAUCAGUCCCGUCACUUCCGUCACUAGCCUAGUGCCAGUGCGGAGUCCCCUGGAAAAGAACACUCCAAGAUUCCAGCAGCCGUGCUCACCCCAUGUAGGGACAGCCGUAGAGGACUCUGUGAAUGUGGAUUGCUCCCGUUCUCCUGUAACCCAGUGUACCUCCCUUUCCCUCCUUUCCCCAACCACUGACAAUCCAUCUAAGCUUACCGCAGACUGCCAGGGGGCCAGGACAAGAUGCCCUGAGAGAAGGGCAGACAGAGAUUGGCAGAGUUUCCGCGGGAGGUCACUGCCAGAGGAAGACUGGAAGGGAGAAAGAGAGAAGCUUGAGGGCACGUUCCUUUCAGAGGGAGCCAAUGAGAGAACCAACAAUCCAGAGGGAACAGUCUUCACAUCCAGACCUACCCUCCCUUUUAAUACGCAGAAUCUAGGACUAGAGGCAGCAGUGGAAAGCAAUGUUCACUCUGCUGAAAGGGAUCAAGAGAGGGCCACAAGUCCUCCUCAGUCUUACCUUGACUCCCUGCCCCACAACCAUCCCAAGAGAGGAGGAGGGAGGGUCAGCAGUGGGGACCAGGAACAGCAGAGUCACACUGAGGGCUCUACCUUGCCUUAUGAGUUCCGGAGAGCAGAAGAAAAGGGGAAAGGCAAUGUGAGAGAGAGUAGUGGUGCUGAAGGAGGCCCUGGUAGCACCCUGCUGUCCCCAGAGUUUGAGAAAGAGGGUGUCAGGGCCAGGUCCCCUGUGGAGAGGAUCAGGUACCUUCCGACCCCGGAGUGGCACCAGCCUGGAGGAUCCUCUCCACCCAGAGAGGACCUCAACCACCCCACCUCGCCUCACCCCUACUCCUCCAGGUGGCCCUUCACCUACCAGGAGGCUCUGAGGUCUGUGCAGUACAGAUCGUCCCCCUGUGACCCCUCACUCUCCCAGAUACCUCCCAGACAAGGAAUGAGGGGGGAGUACCUGAGGCCUCUGGAAUACAGGCGGGGUCCACAGAGACCCUUUCUACCCAGGGGCUACAGCUGGCCAUCACCCUACCACUCCCCUUUUCCACCCAGGGAAUCAGAAGGCGAAGGAGAGAAGGAGAGGCAGACAGGGAGGGGAGCGGAGGUGGAGAUCAGGGACUCCAGGGACGGGAAAGAGGGCAGGGCCAGUUAUGCCAGCCAGAGCAGUGGCAGGGGUAGUGUGGGACCCUCGUACACCCACGCCCUCUUUCGUCAGUCCCUCUCAAUCACCCCCACCCUCCCCAGCUCCCCAGAGACCACCGAGGAGAAUGAGAGGCUCAGGGCCGAAAUGGAUCGGCCUGACAGGAGACCACCCAAAAGGAGGAACACUUCAGUUGAUGAGAGUUAUGAAUGGGACGCUGCUGAUUUCGCUGUGGAGUCAGAACUCCUGGAGGCCAUGAAAGUGGACCACACCCAGGAGGGUGUGGGAAGGGGCACGGUGGAGAGGAGGAGAGAUGGGCCUCACUCCACUACUGGCCUCCAGGAUCUCCAGAGCAAAGGCCUGUACCCCUUGGUCAGUCCUCCAGUGUCCACUCCCCCGCGUGGUCUGUACAGUCGUUCCCUCAGCGAGGCGCGCUUCAACGCCCUCCGCCUGGAGUACCAGGAGUACCGUCGUUCCCAGGAGUCCGCCUGCUCCCAAGAUCCCCGCUUUUCCCCCAACCCUGACCUCGGACCCGACUCCAACACAGCACUGCUCUGACAGUCCACACACUCCGAGCCUUCAAAGGGAGGUGCCACAUAGCACAUCAUUCAUCUGCACUGGCGACACUGAUGCGAUGAUGAUGCUGAUGAUUGGAUGGUGGUUGACCAUAAAGGCUGUUGAUUGGACAGUUAUGCCCGAUGUCAAUGCAGGUAGCAGCUUGGUACUUCAAUCCAUACUUGCUCAAGACCUCAGCUGAAUCUGCUGAAGAGCCAUGGCUGACACAUACAAAUCCCAACCAAAAGAAAACAGCAGAUAUCCUUGAAUAUCCUCAUUACCAAUGGAUAGUGUUACUUAUGAAGGGAAGCGAAUGCACUGCUUGCUCUUGGACCCGAGCUCUCCUUGGAGCCCAAAUCAGAUGCCGAAUACCUUUAAGUUAUGCUGACUUCAGUGCUUUGGAUGGAUGAACAUGGAA